AUGGACUCCGCGGUGUCCUUACCAUCAGUUGUUGCAUGCCCUCAUGCUACCCAUCCCGCCAUCGUGUUGCUCCCACGGGUGCUCGACCCCAGUGCGCGGGGGCACACCAGCACGGGUGCUCGACCCCAGUGCGCGGGGGCACACCAGCACGGGUGCUCGACCCCAGUGCGCGGGGGCACACCAGCACGGGUGCUCGACCCCAGUGCGCGGGGGCACACCAGCACGGGUGCUCGACCCCAGUGCGCGGGGGCACACCAGCACGGGUGCUCGACCCCAGUGCGCGGGGGCACACCAGCACGGGUGCUCGACCCCAGUGCGCGGGGGCACUGA